AUGGAUGGGAAUUCCUUCUUAGAGCCCAAGAAGGUGGUGCCACAAACAAGUUCACUAGAGAAGGUGGAUGUGGAGGCUGAGAUGAAGGAAGAGGUGGAGGUGGAGGUAGAGGUUGAGAUAGAUGUCAAGGUGAAGGUUGAAAUAGAGGUGGACAAGGUGGAGGCUGAGAUGAAGGAAAAGGUGGAGGUGGAGGUUGAGAUAGAUAUGAAGGUGAAGGUCGAAAUAAAGGUGGAAAAGGUCGAGGCUGACAUGAAGGAGGAGGUGGAAGUUGAGAUAGAUGUGAAGGUGAAAGUCAAGGUGAACAAGGUGGAGGUUGAGAUGAAGGAGGAGGUGGAGGUGGAGGUUGAGAUAGAUGUGAAGGUGAUGGUGGAGGUUGAGAUGAAGGUAGUGGUCGAGAUGGAUGUGGAAAUGGGGGUCGAAAUGGUGAUAAAAAUGAAGGUAGAGGCCAAGUUAUUUGCUUGUAGGUGGUCAAUUGGGUCAUCCUCAAUUGUUGUAUUAACUUGUGACUCAUUCAUUUGA